AUGGCCAGGACAGCUUCUGGGAGCCUCUCCGGCGUCACGAUUAUUUACCUGCUGUUGAGCGAUUCGGGAGUUCUGGCAGAGACCGAUGGGAAUCCAACUGCUCGUCGUGUGGUGAAUGGGACACUGGGACAGUCAGUCACUUUGCCAGGAAAUGUGCCAGGAGAAAGCAUUUCAUUCAUUACUUGGGACUACAUAUAUUCAUCUAAUCAAAAAAUGGUUCAAUUAUGUGUGAAAUAUAAAAACAGCCCAAUAACUUGUAACAGAGAGAGGAUGACAUUAAACCGGAAGGACUGUAGCCUGGAAAUACAGAACCUAACAGACAGUGAUGAAGGUCUGUAUGAAAUAAUUGCAAGGACCAAUACAGAUCUCCAUCAUGAAGUGACGGAACUGCGAAUUUAUGAAUCUGUAUCAACACCAGUAAUAAAGAGCAGCAAGUUCAACUCAGAUGAGGUAUGUAAAAUUAGUUUGCGCUGUUCACUGGAGCAUGGCACGAAGCCAGUUUUCACUUGGUGGACAGGAGGUGAUGAGGUCACGGCCGAUGAGUCACAUGUACUGACUGACGGAGGGAGAAGACUGGAAUUGUCCGUAAGGCUGAGUGAGAACAACGCAGUGUACAACUGCACAGUGAGGAACCCUGUCAGUGAGGCAGCUACGAGUGUGGAUCUCAGAAGGCUCUGUCUGGUCACUGAAGGUGAGAAGCUACUGAGGCCACUCCACAUUCGUUUAAUUACUACCAUUGCUCUGAAAGCUUUCAUCACUGCAAUUGUUUUUGCUUUGUGUUGGAAGAGAGAACUCAAGUUCAAUAAAGCUUCUGAUACUGAAAGGAGAAGUAAAUCGGUGCUGUAUGCUGUGACCAGGAGAACAAACAUUGCCAUGGACCAGCCACAGAGACAUUUACAUCAACUGGAUGCCAAUGUAGGACAUCAAAAUCCAAGGGCACAGCUCACAACGAUAUACGAUGAGAUAAAAUACAAUCCUGAUUUGAACACAUCUUUGGCUGGAACGAACAUGGAAGAGAAGUUCAGCACUGAACAUUGA